AUGCACCUCGGUCAUAUCAUAUUUGGUCUUCUUUUUGCUCUCGCUCAUUUCUCUAGUGGUGACACUCUACUCGAUCCACCUGAGGACCCCUCCGGUUUCAUAAUAUCGUUCGUUGCCUCAGACUAUUUCCCCAAAUCUAAAGGCAAUCUAAGCCUCUAUGAUGUAGAUGCCUACUAUAGCAACUACGAUGCCAAUACAACUUCAUGGCUCAAAGCACUAGAUCCCAACACUGGUGCCACAGAUGAAGACAAAGCUAAACUGCUCACUGAGGCGGCAUACGCCAAAAAGUUCGAUGAGCAGGAUUCCGACAUGGUAGAGGAUGCCCAGUCUUUGCUAGCCGCUGUUUUUGGAAAUAUAAGUGCUUCCGUGGACGUACCUGCCUUUCAGUUGAGUUCACGGCAUGCUGUGAUUUGGGAAGAUUGUAUUUCGUUCUUCGCCUGCAAGAGCGGAAAGAGGUGUGCGUUUCGUCUCAAAACAAAUCGUCGUCCACGCAAUGUUUGUGAGCAGCGAGGUGGUUCCCACUGUUGCAUCAGCUGGUCUACAUAUACAAUCAGCAGGUGGCUCUUCGCAUCUACUUGGACAUAUUGCGAUGGUCUGGUCCGUGAACAAGGGAAAACGAGCGCUUCCUGUAAGGGCUUUGGGAGCAGGAAUGAAAGAGGUAAUAUAUGCCUCAGCAACCGUGCUGGUUCCUGUACUUAG